GAUCAGUGCGCCAGACAUUAUAAGCGAACUUUCAUCUUUAUAUAUGACGACUCCUCAUGGCCUCCUCCAGUACUCAUCAGGUGCCUUCUCUGAUCAGGUGCCAGCUGAUGACUCUGCUGAAGAACAUGGGGUUAAGGAUCAUGCCAUGCUUGCACCGUUUACAGCCGCAUGGCAGACCGCUAUCUCACCACCACUGGUUAUUGAGAGAUCUGAGGGAUGUUACGUUUACGAUGUCAACGGGACCAAGUAUCUAGAUGCACUUGCAGGAUUGUUGUCUACAGCUUUAGGUGGUAGUGAGCCUCGUUUAGUCAAAGCUGCUACGGAGCAAUUAAACAAGUUACCCUUCUACCACUCCUUUUGGAACCAUACAACCAGGCCUUCUUUGGAUCUUGCGAAAGAACUUAUUAGCAUGUUUACUGCCAGGGAAAUGGGCAAAGUGUUCUUUACGAACAGUGGUUCAGAAGCAAAUGACUCUCAGGUUAAGAUAGUAUGGUAUUAUAACAAUGCAUUGGGGAGGCCAAAGAAGAAAAAUAUCAUUUCACGGACACAAUCAUAUCAUGGAACAACAUUCAUAUCAGCUAGUCUAUCAGGUCUUCCUACCUUGCAUCAGGAUUUUGAUCUGCCAGGACGUUUUGUUCUGCACACAGACUGCCCUCACUACUGGCGCUUCCAUCUCCCUGGUGAGACAGAAGAAGAAUUUGCAACUAGACUUGCCGAUAAUUUAGAGAAUCUUAUCCUCAAACAAGGACCAGAAACGAUCGCUGCCUUCAUUGCUGAACCUGUGAUUGGUGCUGGUGGUGUUAUCCUUCCUCCAAAGACAUAUUUUGAGAAGAUUCAAGCAGUGGUUAAGAAGUAUGACAUCCUUUUUAUUGUAGAUGAGGUUAUUACUGGAUUUGGAAGGUUGGGAACCAUGUUCGGAUCUGAUUUGUAUAACAUCAAACCAGAUCUUGUCUCCUUGGCCAAGGCUCUUUCUUCUGCCUAUGCUCCCAUUGGAGCGAUACUUGUUAGCCCGGAAAUAUCAGAUGUGAUUCAUUCUCAUAGUAACAAGCUCGGUACAUUUGCUCAUGGCUUUACAUAUUCUGGCCAUCCUGUUUCCUGUGCUGUUGCUUUAGAGGCGCUGAAAAUUUAUCGGGAAAGAGAUAUUCCUGGUCAUGUCACACAUGUUGCUCAAAGGUUCCAGGAGGGAAUCAAGGCCUUUGCAGCUGGAAGUCCAAUUGUUGGGGAGACACGUGGUGUAGGAUUGCUGAUAGCAACUGAGUUCACCGAUAACAAAUCACCAUAUGAGUUAUUCCCUUUUGAGUGGGGUGUUGGUGAAAUAUUUGGACAGGAGUGUAAGAAACGUGGCAUGAUGGUUAAGGUUCUUGGAAACUUGAUAGCGAUGUCCCCACCACUGAUAAUAACCCGUGAAGAAAUUGAUAAACUGGUGAGCAUAUAUGGAGAAGCUCUGAAGGCAACAGAGGAAAGAGUGGCAGAGCUAAAAUCCAAGAAGAAUUAGUCAACAUAUGUCAUCUAUGGCAAUGGCGGCAAAGGUUGAAGGCAAUGAUGUGGUCCCUGCACCGAAUAAAUUCCACUGGUGCUUGUUGUUCGAUAAUUUGUUGAAAUAUUACUGAUGUUGUGUUAAAAGACAAUUAUUAGCUUUCCACUAAAUCUCGGAGUACUUGUUCUUUCUGAUAGUACGAAAUCGUACUGCCACACCUUAA